AUGCCUCGCAUUUUCAAAAAGGCAUUGGCGUUCCUCGAGCCGAAGAGGAAUGUGAUCGCACAACUGGAUCUGGUUGAUCGUAGUGGGUGUCCCAGCUUCCUGAAUCUAACCGGAUUGACAGAAGACCCAGAGCUAUAUCGUUAUAUUCGGGCGCAAGUGCGCCAGAUUAAAGCAGAUUUCCAAGACAGCUCAGUGUUCCCCGACUCGUCUCAGGGCUCAAGCUGCAAUUGCGGCUCCGCCAGGACGAGCCAUUGGCAACUUGCCAGGAAAAUCAAAGACACCAAAGCCGGCUGGCAGGACGAACUUGCCCAAAGCUUGCUGCCUUAUGUCUUGUCACAUUUGUCAGCGAGCAUCGUGGGCAAUGUUUACGAGGCCCUCGCCGUCGAUCAGCCCCUGACUUGGCAGGCCUUCCCGCCGUGUGACGUGCGCCAGAAUAGGAACAACCCAUCCUUUGUGCUCGAGGCCGCAGGUUGGGCUAUUCGGGCUCGCAUUAAGCGGAGACCUGCCGCAAUCAAGGGUUGCGUCAUCACGGGAGCCUUCCUCAACGUCAUCAAGCGGCACUGGCUUGGCUGCGAGUGGUUUCGAGGGGGCCAUACCGGCAGCUUCCCCGAGCAGAAAUACUUGCAACAUGAGCUGCUGCAGGAGGCCCUGGAUACUUAUCUUGAGGAUCCAACACAGGAGACGUUCGCUAUGUCUGCAGACACACUUCGCUGGUCCCUGGCAGCUCUCCCGUGCCCUCUCAGAGCACAUCAUCCUGACUUUCAUCACGUCCAGCAGGGGCCUGCUGCCGAGGGUUCGAAAGACAAGGCCUUGCAAUCAUCCAGUGACCAGUGA